CCCCGGGCAAUAGGGGAUCAUGGGGCCCGUGUCCUUGCCCAAACUCAAAAAAGCCUAUGAAAAAGGUACCAGGGGCAUCUCAUGGGGCCCCCUACUGACCCUGGGCCCUCAGGCAGUGCCUGAGUUUCCAAAUGGUCAGUCUGCCCCUGGUAGCUAUACAUAAAGCAUGCUUUACGAUGCUCUACUAAUGUAUCAGAGAGCCACGUCUGUGUUCCUGCCAUGAAAUUUGCAUAAAUAAAUUUUCAAAACUGAGAUUUGGAAAGAAAAAACAUAAAUGUAAGUCUAAUGCAGGCAAUAUAUGGGUCAAAUUCCAAACAAAUUUUCUUUAGAAAAUUGGAAAUUUUGU